AUGUUAGAUUCUCUCCCGCCCGAGAUUUUGUUCUACAUCUUCCUUAAACUUCCCUCCAGAACCCUCAUCCUCUGCACCUGCGUUUCUAAACCAUGGCGUUCUCUCAUCACCGACCCCGCUUUCCUCCUCUCUCACCUCAAUCAAUCAAACACCAAUCACCACCGCAAUCGCAACCGCCUCCUCCUCCUCCGCCGCUGCUACUCCACCGCCACCAAGAAAGCCGAGCGUUACUCUCUGCAUUUCGAUUCCGAUACCUUGGGGAUAUACAAGGAAUUGAAGCUUCCACAUGUUAAUUGGAACCAGAGCUUUAAACUCGUAGGUUCUUCCAAUGGGUUGUUGUGUUUGUUGGGUCAGAAUAUUUUCUUCUGGAAUCCUUCGAUUCAACGAUUCCUCGCUCUUCCUUGGCCUAGCGAUAUCUUCACUGUUUACGGCUCGCCCUACAAAUACGCGCUUGGAUUUGGCUUCGAUUCUCGCGCAAACGACUUCAAAUUAGUCAGGUUAGUUUAUAUUGAAGGUGGACCGCCUGUUUAUGAUUAUGAACUUCCUCCUAGGGUUGAAUUGUAUCAGCUUAGUACUGGUUCUUGGCGACAAAUUACCGAUUCUGCUCCUUGUUAUGAAAUACUUAAAUCACAAUGGACACAGAUUUUCAUGAACGAAGCUGUUCAUUGGAUUGCCUUCAUCCGAAGCCGCAGAGGAUUUCGAUGUGUGAUUUUGAGGUUUCAUAUGGAUGGUGAAUAUUUCAGCACAAUUCCCCUUCCGGAUUGUUUGGUGAAUGAAUUUCCACAGAAUUUGAAAGUUGCUAUGCUUGGAGGAGAACUAUGCGUUCUUCAAUGUGGUUGGUAUCCUUUUGGGAACAGAUACGUUUCGUCUGUUUGGAUGCUGAGAAAAUAUGACGUUGUUGAAUCUUGGACAAAAAUUCUGAGUGUUGAUCCAUCUCAAGGGCUGGGAAUGGCUUUGGGUUGUAGAGAAAAUGGUGAAAUGCUUAUGACAUCUAGAAAUGGAGAAUUGGUUUCGUAUAAACCCGAGAAUCAAAUUGUGAAGGGACUUGGGAUUCGUGGAGCUCAGGAUUCAUUUUUUCUUGAUUAUACAUUUGUUGAGAGUUUAGCUCUUCUUAAUGAAGGGAAAAGAAUUGUGAAUGAAGAUUAUGAAGAUGAAGAUUGGGAGCUGGAAUCCUAA